UGUCUUACAUGGGUGGCCCUUCCCAGUUUAAAUAAGAAUGCCGAUGCCAGAUUUUAAGGGUUAAGAGAAGCAAGGGCUGUUUGGGUGAGGAGGUUUUUUGUGUGAAUGGUGAACGUAAUGACUGAAUGCAGGUACAAGUUUCAAGGACUGUGAACAGUGUGCCUAUAUCAUUUUUAUUGGGACAUAAACAUUCUCUCUCGCCUUUCUCUUUUAUAAAUAGGGUCUCUAAGUAUUCCAACAGAGAUUCCUCCCCAGUAUCAGGUAAGCUGGACCGCAGGAGGAUCAGUCUUGCUGCAUGUAAAUGUUCCAUCAGAAGAAACUGUCGAAAGAAUUGAAUGGGAUUUCCAGAUUGAAAUUGGUUUGGAACUCUGGUUUGCUGAAUUCAGGAGUGGAAAGCUGGAGAGGCCUCAUCCAAGUGACAGAUUUGGAAAGCGGCUGGAAAUGGUCAAUGAGACCACAUUGAGGAUCAAAGAUCUACAGAUGGAGGACAGUGGAGCAUACAGGGCUCGUGUGAGCUUUGUUACAAAACACUUUCAAGAUCAAACAUUCCUCCUCACUGUAUAUGAGCCAGUCCCAGAGCCAAAGAUUCUCCCCCGAAAGGUGUCCAAUACUCCAUAUGGCUGCAAUGUGACCUUGCAAUGUCAGGUGUCUGGAAAGGGAGAAUUUAACAUCUCCUGGAGAAGAGGGAACCCCCUCAGGGACUUAGAAUUUGGUUCAGACUGGUUCCAGCUCUCUAACAAUGGCAAGGACCUCCACUUGUCCUGGUGGCUCAACUCCUCAGAGCCCAACUUCACCUGCCUGGUCACCAAUCCAGCCGAUCAGAAGAACAUCUCCUUCAGUGUGCUCAAUAUCUGCCAGACUAGGGGAGAAAACAUCCUUAUGUCUUGGGUAAGCCUGAGAGUUACCAUCAUUCUUCUAGGAGUCUUGGUGCAGAUUACAAUUGUCACCUUGGUGAACAUAUUUGGAAGAAAAUAAUAGCACUGAAUCUGCUGAAGACCUUUGAGGGAGACCCAUGUGAACCCCACAAUAUUCCCUUUUAAAAACCCAUUUGUCUGACAUGUUCCACUUGCACCUGCAGCCUUCGAAAUUCUGAUGAGAGAACUCUUCUUGUUUCUAAAGGUGUAUUUUGGGAAUAUUUUGUUUGGGAAGUAGGUGGAAUAAACAAAUUUUGAUUGUUUUUCUACCUUCUGGAGAGAUCAUCCCAUCAGGAGGUCUCUAUGGGCCUCUCUUUGGUGAUCUUUUUAG